CUGGCCAUUCCUCAUGGACAUUGUAAAGUAGCAGGGAGCACAAGUUGCAGCACCAAUCCCAACAAUACAACACAGCAAGACCAACAGGGUCGUCACCUAAUGUUAUAAUGAGCUUGACCGCAUUCUAUAAAAUUGACUGUAACUCAGGCGAAGUGUCAUCGUCUCACUCUUCUAAUCCUUAGGGUUCCUCCUCCUGCUCCUCUGUUCUCCUUCUUCCCCAAAACUCUUUUGGGGUUUCCAAUUUCACAUUUCUUCUUGUUGUCUUAACACCCACCUCCUCUUAUGGCGAAAACUAGACCCGGAAGGAAAGACCUGGAUUCUUACACUAUCAGAGGCACCAACAAGGUCGUUAGAGCCGGAGACUGUGUGUUGAUGCGACCUUCCGACACCAGCAAGCCUCCGUACGUGGCGCGAGUGGAGAAGAUCGAACAGGACAAUAGGAACAACGUUAAAGUCCGUGUUAGGUGGUAUUAUCGGCCGGAAGAGUCGAUCGGGGGACGCAGGCAAUUCCAUGGAGCUAAAGAGCUGUUUUUGUCGGACCAUUAUGAUGUUCAGAGUGCUCACACCAUUGAAGGCAAGUGUAUUGUGCACUCUUUCAAGAACUACACCAAGCUCGAAAAUGUAGGGGCUGAAGAUUACUAUUGUAGAUUCGAAUACAAGGCUGCUACUGGGGCUUUUACGCCUGACCGUGUCGCUGUGUAUUGCAAAUGCGAGAUGCCUUAUAACCCAGAUGACCUCAUGGUACAAUGCGAGGGGUGCAAGGACUGGUACCAUCCUGCUUGUGUGGGCAUGACUAUUGAAGAAGCAAAGAAACUGGACCAUUUCGUGUGUUCUGAAUGUUCAUCUGAUGACGACAUGAAAAAGAUGCCCCAAGCUGCAUUUUCUGUAUCUCCAGCUGAUGAUGGCAAGGUGGAGCCCAAGAGGAGGAAAAGAUGACCAUUAUGCAGUAGAGUUUUUUACCCCUUGGAGACGAGAGGGAAAGAGAGAGACAUGAAAUGACUCAUGCUCAAUAAUUUGCCUAUAUCGUAGCUGGUUUUGUGUGCUCUGGGUGUUGUUUUGUACAGCUUCAACCAGAGGUUAUCGAUUAAUGAUAGAACAUCCUUGUGUAUUUGGCUCCUCAGGCUAAGGUUAUUAUGUAUCUAUGUUCCUAGGUUUUCUUAUCACAUUGAUCUCUUGGCAUGUGAGUAAAAAAGAAAAAUUGUCAUCUUGAAGCUGAGUUUGCAGUUGUGUUAGCUGGAAAGCAUCAAAACGCUUGAUCAUUCCCCAUAUUUCGUAAUUUUUUUCCUGUUAAAACAGAGAAAUUUAAAAUAUUA